AGCUGUCCCUUUCUUUCACCAUCACUUGCAAACCUGUUGUGUCCUGUUUUGUUCUCAAUUUCAUCACAAUAUUAUAUAUCACUUCCUUCCUUGACUUUUCCUCGAAAUUCUCUUUCUUUUUGAUAGAUCUCAAUUCGGUUCUUUCCUCCGUCCAACUUUUGCCUUCUUCUUUGAUCUUAUCUCUUUACGAUUGUGCAGAUCUUAUACGGUUCUUCAAUCUCUUUCCCCUUCGUCUUCUCCAGAUUCUUGUAGGGCUUUUGUUUUUUUGGUUCCUCUCCCAGUUUUGUUUGAUUCUUCUUCCAAAGUUUCUCCUUUUUUUUCUUGGUACAUUGAUUCAGAGGUCCAAAGAGUAAUGUUCUGUCUGAAAAAUUCGGUUUUGUUUCUUUAGUUUCAUAAUUCAAUCACCCAAGUUCACAAUUUUCAUCCUUUUGGUUCUGGGUUUGGUUGAUUCCUUAUUAGAGAUGUAAAUUUAGGGCCUUUGUAUCUCAAUUCGAUCUUGAGACUUGUGUAAUCUUUGAUCUCCAUACAGCAAAAGCAGAGGUUUUGAUUGAAAAAAAAAUGGCUACUUUGACUGAGCCAUCAUCGUCUUUAAGUUUCACAUCUUCUCAUUUCUCUUACGGUUCUAUUGGGUCUAAUCAUUUCCCAUCAAGUUCAGCUUCUAAUCCUGAAGUUGUUAGUCUAAGCAAACUCAGCUCCAAUCUUGAGCAGCUUCUUAGUAAUCCAGAUUGUGAUUACAGCGAUGCAGAGAUCAUUGUUGAUGGUGUUCCAGUUGGUGUCCAUAGAUGCAUUUUAGCUGCAAGAAGUAAGUUUUUCCAAGAACUGUUCAAGAAAGAAAAGAAAAACUCGAAAACUGAGAAACCAAAGUAUCAGUUGAAAGAGAUGUUGCCUUAUGGAGCUGUUGGUCAUGAAGCUUUCUUGUAUUUCUUGAGUUAUAUCUACACUGGCAGAUUAAAGCCAUUUCCUUUGGAGGUUUCGACUUGUGUUGAUCCAGUUUGUGCUCAUGAUUCUUGUCGGCCUGCCAUUGAUUUUGUUGUUCAAUUGAUGUAUGCUUCAUCUGUUCUCCAAGUGCCUGAGCUAGUUUCAUCCUUUCAGGUGUGGAAACGGCGGCUUUGUAACUUUGUGGAGAAGACCCUUGUUGAGAAUGUUCUUCCCAUUCUUAUGGUUGCUUUCAAUUGUAAAUUGAAUGACUUACUUGAUCAGUGUAUCGAGAGAGUGGCGAGGUCAGAUCUUUACAGGUUCUGUAUCGAAAAAGAGCUUCCUUCCGAAGUAGCAGAGAAGAUUAAACAGAUUCGUCUCAAGUCCCCACAAGACGGAGGAGAGAGCAAGGUUUCAGAGAAAUUGCUUGAGAGAAUCAGGAAAAUUCUCAAGGCGUUGGAUUCAGAUGAUGUUGAGCUUGUGAAGCUUCUUUUGAAUGAGUCAGAUAUCACUCUAGAUGAAGCCAAUGGUCUGCAUUAUUCCGUGGUGUAUAGUGAUCCGAAAGUUGUUGCUGAGAUCCUUAAUCUCGGUAUGGGUGAUGUAAAUUUCAGGAACUCCCGGGGUUACACGGUUCUUCAUUUUGCUGCGAUGCGUAGAGAGCCAUCAAUCAUUAUAUCGCUUAUCGAAAAAGGCGCCAAUGCAUCUGAGUUGACAUCUGAUGGACGCGGUGCGGUUAAUAUAUUGAGAAGACUGACAAAUCCAAAGGAUUAUCAUACCAAAGCAGCGAAAGGGCGUGAAUCUAGUAAAGCUCGGUUAUGCAUUGAUAUCUUGGAAAGACAAAUCAGGAAGAAUCCGAUGGUUUUGGAUUCACCAAUGUGUUCCCUUUCUAUGCCUGAAGAUCUCCAAAUGAGACUGUUGUACCUAGAAAAGAGAGUGGGGCUUGCUCAGUUGUUCUUUCCAACAGAAGCUAAAGUGGCUAUGGACAUUGGUAAUGUAGAAGGUACAAGUGAGUUCACAGGUCUGCCACCGCCUUUGAAUGGAUUAACCGGAAACUUGAGUCAGGUUGAUUUAAACGAAACUCCUCAGAUGCUAACCAAAAGACUUCUUACUCGUAUGGAGGCUCUGAUGAAAACAGUUGAGACUGGUCGGAGAUUUUUUCCAUAUGGCUCAGAGGUUCUAGAUAAGUACAUGGAUGAGUACAUAGACGAUGACAUCCUCGAUGAUUUACGUAUUGAGAAGGGAUCUUCACAGGAAAGAAGAUUGAAGAGAAUGAGAUAUAGAGAGCUUAAGGAUGAUGUCCAAAAGGCGUAUAGCAAAGACAAAGAGUCUAAGAUUGCGCGGUCUUGUCUUUCUGCUUCAUCCUCUCCUUCUUCUUCCAUAAAAGACGUCUGAAGAACAAACCUGCACCAUAAGUUAAAUAUAAUUAGAUAUCUUUGUUAAAAGGGUUCUUCUUUUUGGGUUCUUCAUACAGAUGCUUUAGGCUCCGUUUUAAUAAAGAGAGAUGGAUAGUUAAAUGUACAGCAGUAAGAUUAGGAGUGCUGACUAACACAAACCAUGCUAACUAUAUGCAAUCUUUUCUUUUGAUA